AUGACGAUGACGACGACAAUACUGGUGGCGAAGGCAAGGAUUGUCAGGCAUCCAUCAUUGUUCACCGCCUUUUCAAAACUGCGCGGGGAAAUUUCCCACCUUUGGCGUCUCCUGCGCUCUACCGUAUAUCCUCCGGUCGCGUAUACAAACCAGAGACUCCAGGUCGCGCUUUUCCCAUACCAGGGAUACCCAGAUUUCUGCAUCCGAGAAAGCAUCCUUCACAAUGUCGCUGCUGGUGAUGGACAUUCCAACGCCUUGCCGUCCGCAUCAGUUGUGUAUACUGUACUCGUGCCUUCCUUGGUCUCGCACGCCAACCGCCUGUGGGAGGCCAACCUCUCCAAGGAGGCUGGUGCUCCCACCGUUGACGCCAUCAAGACUUCCGCCGUCGCUCUCUCCAACGACAUGCGCCUCGCAGGCGCUGAGGUCGUGGGGAAGACCUUGGGUGGAGUCUCUCGCCCUCGCGCGCGCUCCAGCUGCUCCUUGAGCGACUCCGACCCGAUGUUUGCGAGUAUCUUAACGCCAUCCCGAGGCGAGUAA